AUGCCGGAUAGCGAGACGGCGCCCUCGCCGCGGGUCCGCGUGCACGAUGCGGCACUAUACGCAGAUCUCAUGGAUGCUGCGGACUGGAGUUGCAUGAUUGAACGCGAGCAGCAACGCCAACGGCUUGCGGCCCGCCGCCAGCACGAGACGGAGGAGUGGCAGCUGCAGGAGCAGAUGCGGUGGGAGGAGAUGCGGCUGAAGUCGGCGCGGGACACAGCGGCGGCGGCGGCGCGGCUCCAGCGACAGGCCCGAGAGAACACGCAGGAACAGGAACAUGCGGAAUUCAUGUGCCGGCUCAACGCAUUCGUACAAGACCGCAAGGAGCUCAUUGCACUUUGUGCGUGGCAGGAGUUCCGUGACGCCACGCACGCGCAGCGUGUUGUGGAGGGCAGGCAACGCGCCUGGGAGAAGGAGGUGAUGCGGCCAGUGCAGGAGUUUAUUGACGCUCAGAUAGAGGACGUGCGCGGGGAGCGGCGGCGGGCACGGCUGCGGCAACAAAUGCUGACCGCGUUCCUCCAGGAGUGUAAUCGCACCGACCGCCUUGGCGGCUCACACGCCGUCUACCGCGACCUCGUGGACGAGAUGCGGUACGAUCCCCUGCAGCAGCUGCAGGCCUGCGUGAUCCGCUACCCCGCGCCCCGCCCUAGAAAAACGGACAUCGAUGCAUGGCGGCGGGAGGCGCGGGGGGUUCAGAAGAAGUACGCCCAGCUUGCGCUCAACUACCGCGCCCUGACGCGAGAGUCCACCACAGGAAUCUUGUCAGACCCGCCACAGGAAGCGUCGUUGCCGGCGGCGGGAAAGCUGCCUACUCUAAGCGGGGCUCAAGAUGCGCUGCUGGCGUCAUGGGAUAAAUCUGCGCAGGUGAUGCAGGGUGCGAGAAGCAGCGAGAGCGAUCCUGCUUUGUUCAAAAGGCGACUGACGGGGAAUCACAGCAACACCACCACAACGCGGAUGGCACAGACGACAGUGAUGCCCCCGUUGCAUCGGCUGCCGUCGCCGCAGGACCGUCGUCACCUUCAAUACGGCAUUGACGUGAAUGUUCCCGAUGCUCUUGCGGAGUGGAUGCAGCAGCGACGUGCGCCGAGACCGCGCGAUAACGAUCUCCCCGUGACGGAUUGGGCCCGGUUCUCUGAGACGCUGCUAGGCCGGAUGGCCACCGCUGACGGUGACCUCAAGCCGAGUGUUCAGCGCCGCAUCGACACUGCAAGGCGGGCACAGCACUCUGAUGUUAUGUUUGACCACUACAAUUUUCCGCGCGGGUUGGAGGGGCCCCUUCACACGGGUAAACGUGUGGUAUGA